AAUGAGCUGUCUGCGACAAUCCUCACAAUCGUUCUAUUUCACUCAAAUUAGAUGGAAAACUGUCAAGUUCAAGACAAAAAUCGCAAAAACGAAGCCACUGAAAACGCCAUCAGCCCAGGCGCUGGAUCAUUUUGAUUUUUAUUAUGGCCCACUUUUUGGAAAGAAAUGGCCAAGUAUUCGGCUGGGCCUUCUGUCUCCGAAUCGAUAUUUAGCAGUUAUGAAUACAAUGAGCAGAAACUGGCAAGCUCACGAUGAAAUUCUCUCUGACAUGGGCGCCAAGGAUUUGCUUGCCUCAAUUCGUGGAAAAGCCGAGGACCAAGCGAUUGAGACAAAACGGAAAAGCGUUGAGGAAAAAGCGAAUCGGGAGACUCAAAAGGUUAAGCAUGAGAUUUCAAAUCCCUCAACUUCGACCAAUACUGAAGAUUCUGAGCCGGAUGAAGCGAUUUUUCGAUCUGCUGCAGGGCUCGGCGAGUUCCGGGCGAGCGCUGGAGAGCUCUCGUCUGGAAGUCUGCAGAUGGGAUUAGGACAAUCUAAUCAAAAUAAAAAUGUAGAAAUCACCGGAUUUGAAGGAGAAGGCGUUCGAAUCCCGAAAAGAGAUCACUUUUUCUAUUAUCCACAGGCCCUCCACGUCCGCUCAUUCGAUAGAGCUGUCCUUCUAGACUUCCCGGCUCCGAUGAAAGAUGAAGUCGGAGUUCCGAGUUACUGGCUUCUAGACGGUGGCUCACUGCUCCCAGUUUUGGCUUUGGGCCUUCAAAAAGACGAUUCCCUGUUGGAUAUGUGUGCGGCUCCCGGUGGAAAAAGUCUUCUAGCGGCUCUGUCGAAUUUGCCUUCGAAAAUCGUUUGUAAUGAUUUCAAAUUGGCCAGGCUUGGGCAGCUGAAGCGUGCGCUUAUGACAUAUGUGCCAGAGGAUAGCGAGACAAUCGACAAAUUCGUCCUAAAACGCAAGGACGCGUCCGACGUCAAAACUUGGGAUGAAUUCGAGGCCUACGAUAAAGUGCUCGUCGAUGUUCCGUGCUCGACGGAUCGUCUAUCAGUCAGCACCGACGACGGAAACCUUUUCAGCACAGGAUCCACUCAGCAGAGGCUUGAUCUUCCGGUUCUUCAGACCAAGAUUCUUGUAAAUGCACUGCGAUCUGUAAAAGUUGGUGGCUCGGUUGUCUACUCGACGUGCACACUCUCACCAAGCCAAAACGAGGCAGUCGUCGAGAACGCUGUAGCCGUCGUACGCAAUGACUUUGGAAUCGUGACCGUCGAGGAAUCCCUACAUCAACUCGUAUCCCAUAUGACGUCAUCAGGCCUCUAUCGUUUCCAUGACACUCCACUGGGAGCCCUCGUCGUGCCGUUUCUACCCUCUAACUUUGGACCAAUGUAUAUUUGCAAACUGACCAGAUUGCAAUAGAUUUUUAAUAUUUGAUGAAUUUUUUUAAAUUUCUAGAUUUUGCUAUUUUUUGUUUGUUUUUUUUAAAUCUGAAUUUUUAAAUUU